AUGUGGAACCAAGUUGUUCUUGCGGCUCUCAUCCCGGCCAUGAUGGCCACGCCCAUCGUGCCUCGGGGUGAAAUGACUGGUUUGCAAGAGUCUCAUUAUUCCCCGGCUCAUGAUUCCCCGAUCUUUGAUUCUGCCGCAUUUCGCGAUAACACGUUGAAGGCGGUCGCCGAGGCUAUAGAGACCUCCGAUUCGGCCGAGGGGGAUACAUCACAGAAUAGCCACAUGAGCCAUGUUGAGCGUCGACAGAUUAAUCCCAGCCAGUUGUCUGAGCUUACAAACCGUGCCGCCUCUACUAUCUUCAAUGGCGCUUCCGCAGACGUCAUGUCUUGGGCAACUCGAGUGGCCAACGCCAUGUCCACCGGCCACCCUAUUGUGCCCCGUACUGCGAGAGUGAGGAAAGCGAAAGCGACCCCAACCUCUUCUACUACUCCUUCAGAUUCUGCUACUGCUACAACUUCGAAUUCUGCGCAUCCCACUGUAUCUCAUAGCUGCAACUGUAUCAGUGCCUGUGCCAACGAGGACGGAAAGGCCACCCAGAUGGAGUGCGUUAAGAAAUGUGCCAAAGAGUGUGAUGGCGACGAUGACGAGAAGAAGAACAACGAUCUUCUCGGUAAACUCUUAGGAAGUCUUGGUGGAAGGAGUAUUCCGGCACCACCUCCAUUACCUCCCCACCGCAAGUUUAGACACCCACGUCCAGCCAAGACCGUACAUGAAGCUGCCGGUGCCGAGUUCGAGGACUUUGAGGCUUGCAUGAACAGCUGUAAGACUCACAACUGCCAGCACUCUGAAGUCGGACUCUCCAUUUCGCAAUGCGGUGACACCUCAUGCGAAGACGCAUGUGCCAAAUACAAGUCGUCCAAGUCUGGGUACAUCAAGAGCAUUGAGAAGAAGCAUAUUCGCCCUGUUGCCGACCAGGUUAAGGCGGACACGCCGCUCCCCAAGCCAAAGAAGCCUGUAGCUGCCGCCACGCACAACGAGGCCUUUGAGAACUGCAUGAAGAAAUGCCAGACCCACAACUGUCAACACUCGGAAGUUGGACUCUCCAUUUCUCAAUGUGGUGAUACCUCGUGUAUGGAGUCGUGCGCCAAGUACAAGGAAGGACAGGCUAUAAUUAUUACCAGGCAGGCUGGACAGAUUGGCGACGUACCCGACGUGCCUGACGUGCCUCAUGUCGCCACUGUCCCUACCGUCCCUACCGUUCCCGAAGUGCCUCCUACACCUCAGGUCCCCGAGGUCCCAGCCGUCGCCGCCGUCCCCGAAGUUCCCGCCGUCAAAGGGGGACCCAGGAAGGCUGCUGCCCCUGCCCCCGCCCCCGUCUCACCAAAGCACCACGGUCUCUCCCCCAGCCACAAAUCCAUCCCCAUCAAAGGCGCAGCCCAAGAAAGCGAGUACGAAGCCUGCCUCAAGGGAUGCAAAACGCACAACUGCCAAAAAUCCGGCGUCGGCCUCGGCAUCGAGCAAUGCGGCGACACCUCGUGCAUCGACGCCUGCGCGUCGUUCAAAGAGUCCGCCCACGCCGGCGUCAGCGCGCACAAAGUCAAAGUCCCGUACGCCCCCGGCCAUCUAGCAGACCACCCCGGCCCCGACCCCCCGGUCGUCAAGACCGUGCCGGUGGCUAGCGCGCACGAGAGCAAGGAGUUCCAGGACUGCGUCAAGCAGUGCAGGACGCAUAACUGCCAGAAAUCAAAUGUUGGGCUGGGCGUCUCGCAGUGUGGAGAUACGUCGUGCUCGGACUCGUGUGCUCAUCUUAAGGAGGGUAAGGCGGCGUAUAUGGCUGUUGUGCCGAGGGCUGUGGAUACCGCCGCUGCUGCGGAGAUGGAGAUGACGAAUGGUGCGGCGCCUCCAUUUACGCCUAUACUGGUUUCUGCUUAG